UAUUGUCAUUUCCGACUUCCACAUCAUCGUUGCAAACAUGUCAAACACCGAUGUUGAUGAACUUUUCGAAAUAAGAACUGCAUUUUAUACUGGAAAUUAUCAGCUAUGUAUAAAUGAGGCACCUAAACUAAAGACAAAUAAUCCAACGUCAAAGGUAGAUAAAGAUGUGAUAAUGUACAGAGCAUACAUUGCACAAAGGAAAUAUGGAGUUGUUCUAGAUGGUAUAAAUGCAGCACAUCCUGACGAAAUGCAAGCUGUUAAGCUAUUUGCUGACUACCUGUCUAAUCAGUCAAAGAGAGAUUCUAUAGCCCGAGACUUAGACAGUAGAAUGAGUGCCAAUGUAGACAUCACUAACACAACAUUCCUGGUGAUGGCUGCUUCCAUAUACUUUCAUGAACAGAAUUAUGAUGCAGCUUUACGAGUACUGAAUCCCUCAGAUGCAUUGGAAUGCAUUGCUUUAGCAAUACAGAUUUUACUAAAAUUGGACAGAAUUGAUUUGGGGAGGAAAGAAUUAAAAAGAAUGCAAGAAAUAGAUGAAGACAGUGUAUUGACACAGCUGGCACAGGCUUGGUUUAAUUUAUCAGUGGGAGGUGACAAAUAUCAAGAUGCCUAUUAUAUCUUCCAAGAAAUGUCAGACAAACAUAACGCUACACCAUUAUUACUGAACGGUCAAGCAGCAUGUUAUAUGGCCCAAGGAAAGUUUGACGAUGCUGAAUCUGUAUUACAGGAAGCUAUGGAUAAGGAUUCCAACAACCCAGAAACAUUGAUAAACAUGAUCAUUCUCACACAACAUACAGGGAAAUCUAUUGAGAUCAGUAACAGAUAUUUAUCACAAUUAAAAGAUUCACACAGAAGUCAUCCAUUUGUUCAAGACUUAUUACAUAAGGAAAGUGAAUUUGACAGAAUAGCCAGAAACUAUUCCUCAUCAGUCACAGCAUGAUAAACAUUAACUUAUUAGGGAAAUGUAGGUUCACAUUAUUUAUUCGUUAUUCAUUUGGAAGGAGAACAAAGACAUGGAUUAUACAGCUGAUUUAUUGUCAUUUUUAAACAACAUUUAAACAAAAUUGACUGUUAACAUUAUUUGUAUUUUCAUAUCAUUAAGGUGUGCUUCAGAACAUUCUCUUUCAUGCUGACAGUAUUUUAAUUUUGCUUUUGGAUAACAAGUCUGUUAAGAUUUUACAUAAAAAUAUGAAAGAAUAUUCUGUAUUAUAGUGGGUUGGAUUUUGAAUAUGUACUUGAAACUCAACAUAGCAAAUUUUACUUUGCAUUUGAAACUUUGUUUUAAAUCUUUUGAAACUCAACAUAGCAAAUUUUACUUUGCUUUUGAAACUUUGUUUUAAAUCUUUUGAAACUCAACAUAGCAAAUUUUUCUUUGCAUUUGAAACUUUGUUUUAAAUCUUUUGAUAUUAGAAGAAACGUAAUGAUUUUCUAUAUUCAUAAUUUUGUUGUCAUGUAUGUUAUUAAUGUAAUUUAUUCAAACAAAAGAGCUGGUUGACAAGCUGUAUUAGUUGCAUACAUAAAUGUAAAUCAUAAUUAUGUCGGCAAUUUUGCAAAUAAAACUAAAAAGUG